UCCAGCUUCAAAAUCCCUACCUCCUACGAAUCUGCCGUCCUGGGCCGACGAAUCCUAAACCUCACUCCCCUGGCCACGAUAUCGACCACCUUCCCCUCUUCCCAUUCUCCCGCCUCCGACGCUGACGAGCUCGAACGAUGCGGCGUCAGUGGCAUCCCCAUCGGCCUCACGGAAUACAUAGCCGACUGCGAAGACAGUGGAAACCCGACCCUUCUUGGCAUCUCCCUGUCCACAUACAUGAGAAACGCUGCUGCGGGCUCCAACAUCUCCCUCUCAGUGCAAUGGACCCCUCCACACCCGCCUAGCUCGCGCAUCAAAUCCUCUCUGCUCUCUUCCAAGAAGGACAAUAGGGAUGUAGGCUAUUCCGCCGCGAACCUGCCGCGUUUCGCACUCCUGGGCUACCUGGAGAAGAUACCGGAAGCAGAGGUCUCGGCGAAGGAGCUGCGGAAGUGCUUUUUGAAACCCCAUCCCGAUGCGAGAUUCUGGUUGCCGGGGAACAAUAUCCAUGAGAGCCACUGGGUGAGGUUGGUUGUGCAGGAUGUAUACUGGGUUGGGGGAUUUGGGGACAGAGCAUAUAUUGGGUGGAUUCCGGUGGAGGAAUGGAUGAACGUGACGAGGAGCGAGUGGGAGGAGGUUAGGCUACCGGGCGAGAAGAAGGGCUGGAAGGAAUGGGCCGUUGAUGGC